CAGAGUUGACACACACACACACACACACACACACACACACACACACACACACACACACACACACACACACUCACACACACUCACUCCCAGAAAUCAUUGCGUUAUCAUGGCGUUUCGAAACUGAAUGUAGCCUAAUGCACGCCAAAUCGAAACCUCAACUUGUAAAUACGGAGAAACAAUCACUUACCGCAUAACCAUCAGCAGGUCUGGACAAUCAAAACCUUCAACGAAAGUGACUAUGCCUUCCCGAAUGGACGAUGUUAUGGGCCUAUGCUGUAAGCUAUCAGGAAAUCAGCAGAUAAAAGUUGCACUGAAGAAUUCGAGCAAAGGUGCUGCUGUUGCUGGGGGAACUGCUUUCAUCGGAGGACUACUUGGAGGCCCCCCUGGACUUGCCGUAGGGGGUGCCGUGGGGGGACUCCUCGGUUGCUGGAUGACCAGUGGGCAGUUUAAGCCCCUCCCACAAAUACUCUUGGAGCUGCCACCCAACCAGCAGCAGAAGCUCUACUCUGACAUCAUGUCCGUGCUUGGCUCGUUGGACUGGACGGACGUGGCACAGCUGACCGCGCUGGUCAUGGGGAACGCCACGCUCCAGCAGCAGGUAGUAGCCGCGCUGCUCAGCUUUGCCACCAAUGAGCUGAAAGCUCAAGUACAGUACGGAGACUGACCAUCAGAGGACUGCGCAGGAGAGGGUGAACACAACUGACCUACUUACUGGAACAAAUGUGAUGCUUACAGUACAGUUUUCAUGAGCUGCUUUAAGAAGGCAAAGACAAUGCAGAACUUUGUUUUUUUUCCCCCACCAAAAUGCCUGCUGCCUAUUUAAUGUUCUCUUCAAAUCAUGCUCAUAAUUCAUCAUGUGUCUCAUCAUGUGUAUGUAAGAGUCAUUGUAGCAACUAAGGAACUGAGACUUGUCUCUUUGGCUUAGAAUGUUAUUAGUGAAGCACCAUACAACACAUAAAUUAAAAAAAAAAAACAAGUGCCUCACUCCUCAAGACAAUGUUGAUAUUACUUUACAUAGCAGUAAAGUCAAUUCUUGGAAAGGAUAUGUUUUUGUAAUUUUUGUAUUGUAAUUAUCAGAUACGGGUUUUGGAUUUUACAUACUUCUAGUUUGAAAAUAUAUAGAUUUGGGAUUGUGUAUUAAAUUCAAUAUCUGAAGACAAA